AUGGGUAUUACCAUUCAAAUAAAUAAUUACGAAAUUGCUAAUGGAUCUACAUUUACAUUUAUCUGGCAGCAUUGUUACCGUCGUAUCCUCAUGACACCGAGUAAAGCGGAGCGGAAAACUUCCAUGGGAAAAGACUGGCACGGACCAUGCCUCCGGUGUGAACAUUGCAACAAGACCCUGGUAGUCGGACAACAUAAUGAGCAUGGAGGAAAACCCUACUGCCAAAAACCGUGUUACCAAUUUCUUUUUGGUCCUGAAGGAUGUGGAAAUGGAAGAAACAAUAGUUAUGAUAGUUACGGUGCCAAGAAGUGA